GAUAUAAGGACGUGGUUUGUUCCGGUGAAAAGUGGAAUUUGCUGCUUGAAGACGAACGGUUUUAGCGUAGAUUUUUUAAUCAUGUUUUAAUCAACAAAUGUACAUAUUUUACGACUCUGUGUUUCAGUGGAAUAGUACAAUGAGACCUGUUUGUUUUUCCUCGGAAAAGUGGGCGCUGUGAUGGGUUCUGCUGCUGCUCAGCUCGCCAUCGACUGAAGAAACAAUGCAGGCCUAGCUAGCAGCUAACGUUAGCCAGCCGAGGCUUAUCGGGUAACGCUGGUCCAGAAGCCUGCAGUGGGAUUUAAACCUCGGACGAAGCCGUGUUUCGAAGCUGUUAUAACAUCAUAUGCGCUAUGACUUCUCAGCUGCAGGUCUUCUCCCCUCCCUCCAUCUCCUCCAGUGCCUUUUGCCGUGUCAAGAAGCUAAAGGUGGAGAGCAACGUUUGGGAUGUGUCCACCACUGAAGCUUACGGCUCCAUAGCAGGCCAGUCAGCAUACACGUUUACCCCAGCCAUGGCUGUGCCGCCCUUUGCACCAUCCCUGGUCUUCCCACCUACAGCGCCUGGUUCUAGGGGUCAAGUGGUGGUGCGGGCUGCUGACAGCACUGGCAGUCUUCCUCGUGGAUCCAGUCGACGUGUCACUGAGCCGGCGACAUCUUCCUCUUAUGCACAUGAAACGUCCUCUGAAACAAGGGGACACAGGCAUGGGCAGAAGCGAAAGAUCGAGGAGGCCAGUGAAGGAAGUGGGAGUGGAUGUGGCAGUGUCCAAAUAUUAGAAGAGCUCUCAGCUCCUGCAGCAACUUACUCCACCCGUACAGGAGGUGGUGGAGGAGGCGGCACAGGCCAGUCCAUACCUCACUCCGCUCCAACCACCAAGAGCAGCAGCUCCAAUGGUGAAGGGGAUUAUCAGCUUGUGCAGCAUGAGAUCCUCUGCUCCGUGUCCUGCAGCUAUGAAGUGCUGGAGUUCUUGGGAAGAGGCACGUUUGGACAAGUGGCUAAGUGCUGGAAGAGGGGCACCAAUGAGAUCGUAGCAAUCAAGAUUCUGAAAAACCAUCCUUCAUAUGCUCGGCAGGGCCAAAUUGAGGUGGGCAUCCUGAACCGACUGAGUGCAGAGAAUGCAGAUGAGUAUAAUUUUGUGCGUUCGUACGAAUGCUUCCAACACAAAGGUCAUACCUGCCUGGUUUUUGAGAUGCUCGAGCAGAAUCUGUACGACUUUCUCAAGCACAGCAAGUUCAGCCCACUCCCCUUACGGCACAUCAGACCCAUCCUGCAGCAGGUGGCCACAGCACUGAUGAAACUGAAGAGCCUAGGCUUGAUUCACGCUGACCUGAAGCCUGAAAACAUCAUGUUGGUCGACCCUCUUAGACAGCCCUAUAGAGUGAAGGUCAUUGACUUCGGCUCAGCCAGUCAUGUGUCCAAAGCAGUGUGCUCAACCUACUUACAGUCUCGCUACUACAGGGCUCCAGAAAUCAUUUUGGGCCUGCCAUUCUGUGAGGCUAUUGACAUGUGGUCUUUAGGCUGUGUGAUUGCUGAGCUGUUUCUAGGUUGGCCUCUCUACCCUGGAGCCUCUGAGUACGACCAGAUCCGUUACAUUUCUCAGACUCAAGGCCUACCAGCUGAAUACCUACUGAGCGCCGGCACGAAGACCAGCCGCUUCUUCAAUCGAGGCCCAGACUCCAGCUACCCACUCUGGAGGCUUAAGACCCCAGCAGAGCAUGAAAUAGAGAUGGGCAUCAAAUCCAAGGAGGCCAGGAAGUACAUCUUUAACUGUUUGGACGACAUGAUGCAGGUCAACCUAUCCUCUCACUUAGAGGGGACAGACAUGCUGGCUGAAAAAGCUGAUAGACGAGAAUUUAUAGAUCUCCUAAAGCGAAUGCUUCGUCUGGAUGCGGACAAAAGAAUCACACCGACAAAAACUCUGGGGCACCCCUUUGUCACAAUGAGCCACCUUAUAGAAUAUCCCCACAGCUCCCAUGUGAAGUCGUGCUUCCAGAACAUGGAGAUCUGCAAGCGCCGGAGCUCUUAUGACAGUGGGAAAUCCCUGUACUCCACCAACGCAGUCCCCAGCGCUGCAGCGGGAAACCUCACCGUUACCUUUAGUAGCCAACUCAACCAGCAUAACCAGGUGCCUUCUGCAGGGGGUGCGGUGCCUUUGCUGAACUACCAGCCAGCUCUGUACCAGCAGGCGACCAUCAACAUUCCCGGACUGGCUCAACAGAGUGUCCCAAUUCCAGCGCGCCCUGCUGGUCUGUGUAGCCAGACAGAACCCUUCCAGCAGACCCUCAUCGUCUGUCCACCCUCAACUAUUCAAGGGCUACAACCAACCAGUAAGAGUUCCAGUUUCCCUGUGAGGGUGGAGAAUUCUGUACCCAUAGUACCUCAGAACCAGUCUGCUCAGUCGUUGCAGAUCCAGCCAAGUAUGCUUACACAGGGUUCCUGCACACCCCUGAUGGUGGCCACCCUGCACCCACCCCCAGCAGGCAUAGCCUCCCAGUAUUCUCUGCCCCUUGGGCUGGGCACCGGGGUGGGUCGGCCCACCCUCCUGGAACACACAGCCACAGUGCUGCAGGCCUGGCCCACUGGUACCCAACAAAUCCUCAUACCAUCAUCGUGGCAGCAGGUCCCAGGUGUGGCCAUCCACAGCUCUGCCCACCAGUCGAAUGUCACUGCAUCACCCCUGGAAACGAGUCACUCAGAUGCUGCCGUGCAGCAGGGACACAGCUGGCGGAGUAUAACCCAAACCAGAACCCAGCAGGAGAGGAAGAAGGUGAAAGCAAGACGUGGAGAGAACCGAAACAGGGGUAUAUCCACUGCAUCAUUACUCAGCAGCAGUGGCGUGACCCCGCCCAGCUCCAGUGCUACGUUGUCCCAACCAAUAGUCAUCUCCGACACACCCAGCCCGGCAGUCAGCAUCAUCACUAUUCACAGUGACACUGACACUGAGGAUGAGCGAAAGUUCCAUCCUGCCAGUGUUGGAUUGAGCCAGCGCACCAACGUUAUCAGCUGUGUGACGGUGCACGACUCGGACUCCUCUACAGCCAGCCCCCUGACCCCUCUACCCCGCACACUCAACCCAGCUAGCAGCAUGUCAUCCCGCCAGGCCAAGUCUCUAGCAGUGGUGGCACCUUCAGUCAAAACACAGGCAUCCGAGAGGGGGGCAGUCUCUCGUGGACGUUUGGAGACUGUGAACUACAUGAAGCCUAAGCGAUCAUCUAAUCGACAGCCCUGCGGUUCAGGCGAGAGCAUCGACCGUCAUGGACUGGUUCCAAGCCAGUCACACCCAUUAAACCUCAGCCAGGUUCAGCCGGUGGUUUCUUCAUCUCAGGAGCGCUCGGGGCCGUCUCACAGCGACUCGUCCUUACGUCGCCAGCAGACAUUUCCUCCGGCCGUCUCAGCCUCUCACUACAGCUUCCCCGAGGUGUCCGCCCUGGCGUCGGCCUCAGCCGCCGCCCCCAGCCUGUACACCUACCCAGCCUCCACCGCACUCUCCUCAGCUUCUCAGGCCAUGGAGCAGCUGCUGGGCCGUGGCCACAGCAGCCACGGACACUCCCCCUCCGCCUAUGCAGCAACGUACACCUCAUCUUCCUCCUCCAGGAGGGACUCGGCCAGUCGCAAGGAUUCUGUCAGUAGUCUGCUGCACGGCCUCCCUGCAGCCUACCAGCACCAGUUCGCCGCUGGUUCUCCUUAUGUUAGUGUGACGCCCCGAGCCGAGGCUUACAGUGCCUACCAGCUAAGUCCCAGGCGUCUCGCACAGUAUCCCUACUUAUAGGGAAUCACACAGAAACCCUACUUCCCCACAUGCUAUCACAAAGGGACAUUUAAACUGUAGAAUAACUGUUGAUCACUUGUUUGUUUGCUGCUUUUAACCACAGCAUUUCACCUCUAGCUCAUUUAUAUGCUCUUUUGGACUGUUUUAAGUGUUUUUGAAAUGUUCUUUGGUAUUAUUUGUAACGUAUCAUUUUAUUUUCCCUUAAAAAAACAUUGUCUAUGGCCCAUAUUUUAUCCCCAUCGUAUCCAGAUGUACAAUUUAAGGCGUUGUGGUAAAUGUAUUUUACACCUGUUUAUCUUGAGCUUCUGUGUGAAGAGAGACUGUCCUCCUGUCACAAGCUGCAACAACACUUUAGAUGAGCUUUUAGAUGCCUGAAUUACAAGGUUAGUAAAGCUGACAGCCCUUAGUUUUUUCUCAUGCGCCUUAUUAGAGUUUUCACACUAAUCCACUGAAGCCCUGUGUUUUUAGUGAACAUAACUGUACCUUACUCAUGUCUGUUUACUCUCAAAUAUGUCUUUUUACUAUGUUUAAAUUAUGUUAUGUCAGUGUGAGAUAGGAAGAGGAAGGUCCAUGAAGAUGUUGAAAAAGAAGUGUGAUGAAAACUGUGAUGGAUACAUGUUAAUUUAAGUGCACAUGUGAUAGUCUGUUAAUGUAGUGACCGUGUUUAGGCAGGAUUGAUCAUGUCCUUAUGCAAUAGAAACUUUUUUUUUAAAACUACAUCAACUGAGUGCUGAAUGUAUUUAUGAAGCUAAGAGUGGGCUCACCAUCCUGAGGAAUGACGUGGAAAAGCUUCCGUUUUAAAAUGUUUUUUAAAAAAGAAAAGAAAAAAUAACUUCUCCCUACUUUCUUUCCUUGAAAUAUGAAAAGUCCAGUUUCACACGAGCUGGAAAAAAUAAACUAUAUACAUAUAUAUAUAUAUAUGUGAAUCCUGAUUGUGUAGGACCUGCUAUUAUGGAAAUAGAUUAAUGGCCAGUUUUGGGGGGUUUUUUUAAGCUGUUUUUUCUCCUUUGACACUUUGGAAAUGCUCACUAGGAGGCUGUAACAAACUACCCACUGUGAUGCACAGGGACUGGUGGAUAUGAGUGCAAACUAUUGUCUUCUCAUCAAGUGUGUGAUGAGAAACCUUAAACUAUAACAUCUCGUGCCACUCUUCAGCGGUGGUGUUGUCCUUCAAAUGCACACAGAUCGUUUCCUCCCAAAGCAUUUCUCUCACACAGACAACUACAAUGUGGAGAAUCACUGUCGCUGCGUUCGUCUGUAUUCAGGACCGACUUGCAGCUUUUUCCUGCCACCAUCUUUACUUUAAAGGAGGUGAAUCUUUGGAUGGUUUCUGUGGGUUAUGAAAGCUUUUUAGUAAAUCCUUCCCUGUUGUGUUUGCAUCAGUUUUGUGUUGUAAUGUCUGAAUAUUUAACUGUAUUUCAUCUUAACAUAGUAUAGUUAAGAGGCUAGUUGGUAGAACUAAUUCAGGGAAAAAGGUUUCAGCUCAAAUAAUCCACUGUCACUGUUUCCAAUAAAAUAACCACAAACUCA